UUCAAAACAUUUCACAGGCUAGAUUCCAGCAACUACCCCUAUCAAAUUAUCAGCGAUUAUGAAUACAUGUCACUGGAGUACUGGUCUGGUCCUGAUGUGACUACCAAGAAGGGAGUCCAGUUUACUGCUGACGUCAUCCUGCGUAAGCCUCUGUGUUUGGUUUCGGCAUCCAUUUAUCUUUGAAUUUCAAGUCCAACUUUAAGUCUCCGAAUGUUGAUUAUUCGAAUGAAUCCGAACUGCAACUAUAUAUAUAUAUGAUCAUUUUUUUGUACAACUUAUCGAAGGCAAAUAUUUAUAAAAUGGAUCGGAGGCGUACAACCAGAUGGAAACCAAAAACUGCCGCAACCUCUCAAUCCAUUUCAAAUAGAGAUAUGGACUGUCCCUUCGCUGUCUGAUGACCUCAUUACUUAAUUUCUCUCCAAAUUUUCUGGUAUUGCACAAUUGCCAAGAAAAUAAAUGGUAUUUUCUUCUUCAUAAACGCAAUUUAGCUGAAGAUUUCUGCUACGACGCAUCCCAGGACGGGGCCGACUACUGGGGUCAGGCGGCCAUCACUGAGACUAACGAGCCGUGCCUCAAUUGGGCUGACACCGUGGAGUGCGCCGACUUCCCGGGGUGAGUAGUAGAUAUAUCAGUUUGUACAUGUUGUAGGUAGCAGAUGUUGUAGGUAGCAGAAGCUCUACUUGAAUUGAAAGGUAUGUAUAUAUAUAUAUAUAUAUAUAUAUAUAUAUAUAUAUAUAUAUAUAUAUAUAUAUAUAUAUAUAUAUAAAAAUAUAUAUAUAUAAUUUAUAUAUAUAUAUUGAUAUAUAUAUAUAUAUAUAUAUAUAUAUAUAUAUAUAUAUAUAUAUAUAUAUAUAUAUAUAUAUAUAUAUGUAACAAUAGACAUUUAUAAUUUGUAUGUACAUAUUGAAAUCUAGUUAUAAAUGACUAUUUAAUCCCCUAUGACCCUCCUUACAGAAAAAAAAUAAUAAAAGAUUGUGGCGUGGGAGCGUGGUGACUUUUAAAGGCAUCAUUUUUAACAUUCUUGAAUAGACGUAUACCCUAUUCUUAUAGUUCGUUUUUUAAAAAAUCAAAUAGACUUCAAGUGGAAUCUAAAACAUGGUAUGUAUUUUAAAAAAAAUUGACCUACGUUAAAAUUCCAUGAAUUCUCCAUCGUCACAGCAAUGACGUGUUCCUCUUUGAGUCAGUCAACCAGUGCAGGAACCCACUAGGUAGACAAGCUCAGCCGUGGUGCUACACCUACAAGAACGGGACCAGCUGCACCAAG